AUGUCGGCGCGAAAGGUCCAGAAGGUUAUGGUUCAGCCCAUCAACCUCAUAUUCAGGUACCUUCAAAAUCGUACGAGAAUCCAAAUUUGGUUGUACGAGGACGUUACGCAUCGCAUUGAAGGUUACAUUAUUGGAUUCGAUGAGUACAUGAAUGUUGUUCUGGAUGAGGCGGAAGAGUUGAACAUGAAAACGCAAAGCCGCAACAAAUUAGGUCGCAUUCUGCUCAAAGGCGAUAACAUCACGAUGAUUCAUGCUGUUCCUGUCUAG